CGUGUUAGUGCUGGUGCCUUUAACUUACAAGCAUCUUGGAGAGAGGAGGGGAAAAAAGAGGACUUUCCCCCCGGCUUUUAUCUUGGGGAAAGACGGCUAUCCUGCCGUCGCAAGUUUGUUGGCUUUAAACUUGAAUAGCCGGCGUCUUUCCGUAAGGGAGAAAAAGGGACAGGGUUUGAAUGCGUUUUCGGACUUGGAUUAAGUUGGGCAUGGAAACUAAUGAUAUUUGAACCCGUGGAAAGGAGAGAGAGGAGGUGGGUGUCGGAUACAGGACUACUUUUGCUUGUCCGUCUUAUUCUUUUGCGCGUGGAUCACAGAUACAAGCGUGUUUAAUUUGGUCAAAGGUGAAAUGGUUUGGGUUUUUUCUUUAUCAUAAAACUUCCUAAAUCUGAUUAAAGCUGCACAGAUCCUAAAGGUUUAAUCGUGCUGGAAGACAUAACAUUUUCGAGGAAGCUUUGAGAAUUAGAACCAGAAAUAUAUAUUUAUAAAUAUAUUGCAGCAGUAUUGAAAUUAUGGCGCUGAAGGCCAAAGUGUUGUACGAUUUCCACUCUGAAAAUCCAGGAGAGAUCUCCAUAGCAGAGAAUGAGGUGGUGACUCUGUUUAGCGAGGAGGAGCUGGAGGGUUGGCUGGAGGGGGAGAACAGCAGGGGGGAGGCUGGCCUCUUCCCUGCCUCUUAUGUUGAGAUCAUCAGAGACCACAUCACCUCCAACAACAAUGGCUUCUCCUUGACUCAAACCCAAGUCCAGACCUCCUACACAUCCUCUCAGCCUCACAGGGGAUUUGGGGCUGAUAGCAGCAGCUUCCACACUAGCCAGGGCAGCGAUGAUGACUGGGAUGACGAGUGGGACGACAGCUCUCCUGUGGCCAAUGUCCCUCAGGGUCUCAGCAGCAGCCCUCCUUUGCACCCAGUUGCCACCUCCCUGCCGGGCCGUGGGAGCUCCCAGCAGCAGCAGGCCAAGAGUUCAGCCACAGUGGGGAGGAACCUGAACAGGUUCUCCACCUUCGUCAAGUCCGGAGGGGAGGCCUUCCUGCUAGGGGAGGCGUCAGCUUUUGUGAGAGAUGGAGACAGGAUCUGUGUGGUGAUGGGGAAGCAUGGACCCGAGUGGCAGGAGGACCCUUAUCCGUUCACGUGCACCAUUGACGACCCCACCAAGCAAACAAAGUUCAAAGGGAUGAAGAGCUACAUGUCAUAUGGCCUUACUCCAACGCACACCAAUGUCCAAGUCAACCGCAGGUAUAAACACUUUGACUGGCUCUACGGUCGGCUCGUGGAGCGCUUCCCUGUCAUCUCAGUGCCCCACCUGCCAGAGAAGCAGGCAACGGGCCGCUUCGAGGAGGACUUCCUCUCCAAGAGGAGGAAGGGUCUGAUCUGGUGGAUGAACCACAUGACAAGCCAUCCUGUGCUGGCGCACUGUGACGUUUUCCAGCAUUUCCUGACUUGUGGGGCGGAUGAGAAGGCAUGGAAGCAGGGAAAGAGGAAGGCAGAGAGGGACGAGCUGGUCGGGGCCAAUUUCUUCCUCACAAUCAGCCCCCCGUCUGUACCUCUGGACCUGCAGGAAGUCGAGAGCAAGAUUGAAGGCUUCAAAACAUUCACCAAGAAGAUGGACGAGAACAUCAUAGUCGUGAACACCAGCAUCAACGAGUUCGGCCGCAAACAAAUAUCGGGGUUCAAAAAGGAGUACCAGAAGGUCGGACAGUCCUUCAAACUCCUGGCCCAGGCUUUCGAGCUGGACCAGCAGGUCUACUCAGUGGGUUUGAACAAGGCCAUUUCCUACACGGGGGAGUCUUACGAGGCAAUAGGAGAGUAUUUUGCUGAUCAGCCGCGGCAGGACCUGGACCUCAUUUCCGACCUGCUGGACAUCUACAAAGGACACCUGGCCAACUUCCCUGACAUCAUCCAUGUGCAGAAAGGUGCGCUGACCAAGGUGAAAGACUGCCCAAAGAAGGAAGGUGAGCUCCACGACCGCUGCAACAUCAUUUCUUUCGCCACGCUGGCAGAAAUCCAGCACUUCCACCGCACACGUGUACGGGACUUCCGCUCACAGAUGCAGUACCACCUACGCCAGCAGAUCAGCUUCUUCCAGAAGAUCACGGCCAAGCUUGAGGACGCACUGCAGAGAUAUGACGAUGACCAGUAGCACAAGAGUGAGACAAGGAAGAGAACAGACUACAAAGGCCUUAAAGAAAUGGGUUGUGGUGGUGGUGUCAUCCUCUCAUAAUCGAGAGCAUCUUAUUGUCCUUUAAAAGAAAAAUCUUAAUGUGAUGAUUCCUCGCUGUCUGGUAGGAGCAUUGGAAGAAAAAUACAGGCCAUUUGACAACUUCUUGUAUUAUCUGAAGCUCUGAUGAAUGUACCAUUAACAAGGAUUUUGCUGACGCUCCAGACACAUGUUGCAACUCAGCAGGAUUGCAGCAGAUAUUUAAAACAGCUGCUCUCAGUAUGACUGGAGCUGCGUUUGAGUCACAGUUUCAGGGUCACGUGACUGUCUCCACUGCCUCUUCAUGGGAGCACUCGGUCGGGAAAGAACAAUCAACAACAGCCCAAACAAAGACGGGAAAACUAAUUAAAUCGCUUGAACUGGAUGUUUUAGUGCCUGAAAGAUAUAAAUGUACUGAUUUGUUUUAACUUGAAUGACCUGCUCAGUAUUGUUUUAACAAGACAGCGCAUGAAAGGAAAGAGGGCACUGUCUACUUUCCAGAAUCGGUUUCAAGUCUGGAUUUCCAUCACAGCUUGAAAUCUGAGCUACCUGUGAUGUCUGACUUCUUUCACAUCACCCUCACCUUGUUUGCAUUUGAAACGUUUUGUGGUUGAACAUUUUCUCUUAAAUGUUUUAAUGGUGAAGCGGUA